CAUGGUCAGUAUUACUCAUUACUACGACUAACUGUUUAGUGCUGAUAUAUAUAAAUUUUAUUGUUUAAAACGAUUUUAAUACUUUAAUUGAUUUCACCGUGAUGGCUAAACCGAAAACUGAUGAUGCUUCUGAAGAUGCAAAGAAGAUUGUAGAUGACGCUAAAAAUUUUAUUGAAAAAGCGAUAUCAGACAUUGGGAAAACUUCCGCAACAAAGCAACUAAUUUUAGGCACUGCGUCAGGAUGGAUAACUGGUUUCAUAACUAUGAAAAUUGGGAAGUUUGCUGCUGUCGGUAUAGGCGGAGGAGUCAUAUUGCUACAUAUAGCAAGCCAAAAAGGCUACAUUGAUAUUAACUGGGACAAAAUAAACAAGAGAGUUGAUAAAAUCAGUGACAAAAUUGAAAAGGAAGCAACAGGGAAAUCACCAGAUUGGUUUGAAAAAGUAGAACGAUUCGUGGAUCGAAAAAUGGAUAAAGCUGAAAAUUUACUGAAGAAAAAAGAAGUGAAAGCAAAACGUUGGUAUAAUAAUUUCACAGGAGAUGAUCAUUAUCGUGCGACCGAAACACACGUUUUUCUAGCAUCUUUUAUGGCAGGCAUGGCUGUUGGUCUAGUCUGUGGCAAAUAAAAAAAUGUGUCUAUUUCUAUUUUUCUUAAGUAGAAUAUGUUACACCAUUUUAAAUCCUCUUUAGCGCUAAACGUUAUAGGUCCUAUUAAUUUGAUACAUCUUAACUAUACAACAACAAUUUAUUAGGAUGCAUAUGAAUAUAUGUAUAAAUAAUUAUUAUUUAGUUAUACAGUGUGAUUAACAAACGUGCAAUGUUUAUAUUUUAGAUUAAUAAGUACACGUUUUAAAUAUUGUGUAAUAAAAAUAAUUAAUUUGUACUCUGUUAUAUUAAAAUAAUGUAAUCGCAGUAUUAUUUAAUUCGAAAUACUAAG